GCCUCAAACACUGCAGGCCGCUGGACUGGCACCUCCUCCGAAGGCCUCUCACUUUGCAUAACACCUGCUCAGGAAGCCCGUUCACCUGACAGUGACACCCAGCAAUCGGAGAGGACAAAACUUUGGAUACACAUUGUGCAUCAUCAGAGGCUGUGUGUCACAAUGGAUUUCUCUCCCAUCUGUAUACCUUGUCAUUUUACAAUAAAGCCUACAGACAAACCCUGCAUACCUAGCUAGCAAUUAAUUCAAAUUUCUUUCCCACUGGAACUUUUAGAUCUGAACUAAAGGGCUCUUUUAUUUUUUAUUGUGGUAGUAAUUUAUUUAUAUUAAAAAAAAACAUAUUACCUCAUAAGUUACCAUCAAACCAGGGGGAAACAAUUUGGCUUUGGUAUAACAGUGAUUGUUACAAUAUUUAAGUUAUAUUGCGAGUAGUGAUGUAUACAACUACAGUAGCGACCCUGGCUGCUGCCACCACCGUGGCUCUGGCCUCUCAGUCUGACAUGUCGAGCUACCUGUGGCUGCUGGUGCUAGGCUUCGUCAUUGCCUUCAUCCUGGCUUUCUCUGUGGGGGCCAAUGACGUGGCCAACUCAUUUGGUACAGCAGUGGGUUCUGGAGUGGUCACUUUGCGGCAGGCCUGUGUCCUGGCCACUGUCUUUGAGACGCUCGGUUCGGUCUUGCUGGGGGCCAAAGUAAGCGAGACCAUCCGGCAGGGGAUCAUUGAUGUCCGGAUGUACAACGGCUCAGAACAUGUCUUGAUGGCAGGAUCAAUAAGUGCUAUGUGUGGCUCUGCUGUGUGGCAGCUGGCAGCAUCAUUUCUGAAGCUCCCCAUUUCUGGAACCCACUGUAUUGUUGGAGCAACAAUUGGGUUUUCCAUGGUAGCCAGAGGUCACCAAGGGGUCAAAUGGAUGGAACUACUACGCAUUGUGGCCUCCUGGUUCCUGUCCCCUGUGCUGUCAGGCAUCAUGUCAGGAGUUCUCUUCUAUUUUGUCCGUAAAUUCAUCCUGAAUAAGGCAAACCCUGUCCCCAAUGGCCUGCGAGCCCUGCCUAUCUUCUAUGCCAUCACCAUGGGCAUCAACCUGUUCUCUAUCAUGUUUACAGGAGCACCAAUGCUGGGUUUUGACAGAGUGCCGUGGUGGGGUACGCUGUGCAUUUCUCUGGGCUGCGCCGUCGUCACAGCUUUGUUCGUUUGGUUUGUUGUCUGUCCGCGCCUCAAGAAGAAAAUCCAAGGACAAACAGUUGCUGCUCCCUGUGCAACUCCACUCAUGGAGAAGAGCUCCAGCAAACCUGCGCAAGCACAGCAGUCCACAAUACCUCAUGAACACCGACCACAGACCCCUCCAGCAGACAGUCAGAAGGUGGCUUUCAAACUCGGAGGCUCGGAGGAGACUGAUUUAGACAGCAUUGACGCAGAAACCAAAGACCUAGACAUUGCCAAUGGUCUAAAUGGGACUGUAGGCCCCAUGGUGAUCACUGAUCCUCACAGUGGACGGUCCCACACAAUCCACAAAGACUCCGGCCUUUACAAAGACCUGCUACACAAGCUCCACAUGGCCAAAGUCGGUGAGUGCAUUGGUGACAGCGACACAGAAGAGCGGCCCAUCCGGAGGAACAACAGCUACACCUCCUACACCAUGGCUAUUUAUGGAAUUCAAGGAGAUCCUAGGUACAAAGAUGUGGAUGGUGGGCUGCAGAGGAGACCGAGGGUGGACAGUUACAGCAGCUACAGCUCAGCAGUGUCCAACAGGAGUGCAGCUCUGGAGGGCAGUGUGACUCAAGAAGCUGGCACAGACCUCGCUUUGGAGGAGGAUGAGCUGGAAGUCGACCAACCUUCUGUUUCCUUGCUUUUCCAGUUCUUGCAGAUACUCACGGCGUGCUUUGGCUCCUUUGCUCAUGGAGGGAAUGAUGUCAGCAAUGCUAUUGGCCCACUGGUAGCUCUCUGGCUUCUGUAUGAGAGUGGCUCCGUGUUGUCCAGUUCACCAACGCCUAUCUGGCUGCUCCUGUAUGGUGGCGUGGGCAUCUGCAUUGGACUCUGGGUGUGGGGUCGGAGGGUAAUCCAGACCAUGGGCAAAGAUCUCACCCCCAUUACACCCUCGAGUGGAUUCAGCAUUGAGCUGGCCUCAGCAAUCACAGUUGUGGUGGCAUCCAAUAUUGGUCUUCCUGUCAGCACAACCCACUGCAAGGUGGGAUCUGUGGUGGCCGUGGGCUGGUUACGUUCCCGGAAGUCAGUUGACUGGCGUUUGUUCAGGAAUAUCUUCAUCGCUUGGUUUGUUACAGUUCCAAUCUCUGGGCUGAUCAGUGCUGCCAUCAUGGCUCUCUUCAUAUAUGUUAUUCUGUGAGCCUAACACUGUCCAGCUACACUCCUACUUGAGCUGACGGACUGUGGUCAACACUCUCAUAAGUCCUGUGCUAAUAAAACUGUUCUGUUCGUUCUCCAUUCGCUAAUGAGUUAUAUUGUAUCAUUCAGUCAAGCCAAUUAUUUUAUCUCACGGGGUCACGUCUUUGAAUUAUGUAGACUCUAAAAACACUUUUCAGUUAUCGAAAAGACUGUGAUCUUGUAUAUCCCCUUGUAUAUUUGUAUAGAAGCAAUGCAUGUUUUAAUCAAAUGAUUCAGUUUUGACAGGAAAGAAUGGGCAGCAGUCGUAUGUUUGCAUAUUUGAAUAUAGUAAAAUAUGGAGUUGCUUGAUUUGACGAGAUGUCAGUGUAUUUUACUCACCAUUAAAGAUUUUCUUUUACAGAAA